AUGGCCCUGAUGUCCGUCGCGAGGCUAACGGCUGGGGCGUUGAUCCCGAGCAUCACCGUGUGCAUCGUUUCGAAGUGCUAUGCAACACGCUACGUCCUGCACUACAGCUGGUUAGCCCACAUCGUCGAUUUCGAACCUUCUCACACACCACACAAAUACUUCGGCAUUCUGGCGAUGCUCUGCAGCGCCAUUCACAGCGCAUGCCACGUCGUCAUUGGGAUCCUGCAGCGCCGUCCACACCACGUCGUCAAAGACGAGAUGAACCUGUCGGGCCUGGUUGCGUUCCUGCUCGUGCUUCCUGUUGCCCUUCCCAUGUCCGUCGGGUGUCUCAAGGAAAGGGUCACGUUCGAGACGAGGAAGUAUCUGCAUAUGUUGUUCAUUCCAUUCAUGGUGGCCCUCUGCUUCCACGGGACGCGACUCAAGGCCCUCGGCGCCGUGCUCUUGGUGUGGUACCUGCUGGAUCGCUUCUAUUUCACAACUAGAAUGUAG